UCUCGUUCCUCCCCUCCUCAGGUGAAACUGUACAAUUUCAUGGCGAAGGACAAUGUCCCUUUCCACAGUGUGGUCUUUCCCUGUUCCUUGCUCGGGGCUGAUGAUAACUACACCCUGGUGAACAGCCUCAUCGCUACAGAGUACCUGAACUACGAGGAUGGGAAGUUCUCCAAGAGCCGGGGUGUUGGUGUGUUCGGGGACAUGGCGAAGGAGACGGGGAUCCCAGCCGACAUCUGGAGGUUUUAUUUGCUCUUUGUCCGUCCCGAGGGGCAGGACAGUUCCUUCUCGUGGCACGACCUGAUGAUGAAGAACAACUCUGAGCUCCUCAACAACCUGGGCAACUUCGUCAACAGGGCUGGCAUGUUUGUCAGUAAAUUCUUUCACGGGACGGUGCCCGAGAUGGAGCUGACCCUGGAAGACAAAUGGCUGUUGGUCCACGUCUCGUGGGAGCUUCAACAUUACAACCAGCUCCUGGAGAAAGUACGAAUCCGCGAUGCCCUGAGGUCUGUGCUGAACAUAUCGCGAUAUGGAAACCAGUACAUUCAAAUCAACGAGCCCUGGAAACGAAUUAGGGGCAGUGAGGCUGAUCAGAAGCGAGCGGGCACAGUGACCGGGGUGGCCGUGAACAUGUCCUGCCUGCUGUCCGUGAUGCUCCUGCCCUACAUGCCGACCGUCAGCGCCGCCAUCCAGGAGCAGCUGCAGGCGCCUGAGGAAUGCAACUCGCUGACUGACCGCUUUGUCUGCGUGCUGCAGGCUGGACACCGGAUCGGCACGGUCAGCCCACUGUUCAAGAAACUGGAGGCCGAUCAGAUCGAGGAGUUGAGGAAGAAAUACGGAGGACAGCAGACCCCCGAAGGAGUGAAAGCCGCCCCCCGGGGGGAGGGGAAAGCUGACCCCACGGAGCUGCGGGAGCUGGUGAGCCGACAGGGGAGCCGCGUACGUGAGCUGAAGGCGCAGAAAGCAGAUAAGUCGCUGAUCGACGCAGAAGUCUCGACGUUGCUGGACCUCAAGAGGAAGCUAGCUCAGGCGGAAGGGAGGGCAGCGGGCAAGAAGUGAGAUGGUCACUUUGCCUCCCCCUCUCACCCUCAUCUUGACCACAAGCUGCGCAACACUGUGUCUGUCUGUGUGUCUCUCUCUCUCUCUCUCUGUGCGUGUAUCCUGUGUUCUGGCACAGUUCGAUCCCACGUCUGUUGGUCUGGUUCUGCAGCAGGGGCACAGCUGGUGAGGCGGGGCGGGGGGUGGGGGGUGCCGAUGCCCCGUGGCUAGGGACCUGUCCUCUUGGUGACUGGCUACCCGGCCAUGACGGCGAGAGAACCAAAAAUGUGCGACUCGAGAUGGGUCAAUAAAACUGUGUGUGUUUUAUUUUUAAAUUUAA